AAGCUAUGAAACUGGAGCGGGGAGUCCCUCUGAUGGGCUUCACGUGGAAAGAAGGACUCGCCUAGUGGUGGCAAGAAAAUGCGAAAUCUCAAGGAGUUUUGACCGUUUGGGAAGAACGUGCACGAGUGCACCUUGGGGGAAAUGUCUUCAAUAAAAAGAAAUCCAAAGAAGGAAAUAAUUUCCCAGUUUCACUGUUGGGCAGCUGAAGGCGACAUUGCCAAGUUAACGGUCGUACUCAGUCAUUCUCCAUCUCUCCUCAACGAAACGUCUGAAACUGGCUGGACAGCCUUGAUGUAUGCGGCAAGGAAUGGGCACCCGGAUGUCGUCCAGUUUCUACUUGAGAAAGGGUGUGACAGGUCGAUUGUCAAUAAAUCAAAGCAGACUGCACUGGAUAUUGCUAAAUUUUGGGGUUAUAAACAUAUAGCUAACUUAUUAGCUAAUGCUAAAGGUGGAAAGAAGCCUUGGUUCUUAACCAAUGAAGUGGAAGAAUGUGAGAAUUAUUUUAGCAGCACACUACUGGACCGGAAAAGUGAAAAAAGAAAUGAUUCUGAGUGGCUGCUAGCUAAGGAAAGCCAUCCCACCACAGUUUAUAUCCUUUUCUCGGAUUUAAAUCCUUUAGUUACUCUCGGCGGCAAUAAAGAACGUUUCCAACAGCCAGAAGUCAGGCUCUGCCAACUGAACCACACAGACAUAAAGGAUUAUUUGAUCCAUCCUGAGAAGAUCACCUUAAUUUUCCUUGGAGUAGAACUUGAAAUAAGAAAAGAGUUACUGAAUUAUGCUGGGGAACUCCCAAAAGAAGAGGAAGAUGGGUUGGUCGCUUGGUUUGCUCUAGGUAUUGAUCCUAUGGCUGCUGAAGAAUUUAAGCAAAGGCAUGAAAAUUGUUACUUUCUGCAUCCUCCCAUGCCAGCACUUCUACAACUAAAGGAAAAGGAAGCUGGAGUAGUUGCUCAAGCAAGAUCUGUCCUUGCCUGGCACAGUCGAUAUAAGUUCUGCCCAACUUGUGGAAGUGCAACGAAAAUCGAAGAAGGUGGCUAUAAAAGAGUGUGUUUAAAAGAAAACUGCCCGAGCCUCCAGGGCGUUCACAACACAUCAUACCCAAGAGUUGAUCCUGUAGUGAUCAUGCAAGUUAUUCAUCCAGAUGGAACCAAAUGUCUUUUAGGCAGACAGAAAAGAUUUCCCCCAGACAUGUUUACUUGCCUUGCUGGAUUUGUUGAACCUGGGGAGACAAUAGAAGAUGCUGUUAGAAGAGAAGUAGAAGAGGAAAGUGGAGUGAAAGUUGGCCAUGUUCAGUAUGUCUCUUGUCAGCCAUGGCCAAUGCCCUCCUCCUUAAUGAUUGGUUGCUUAGCUGUGGCGGUGUCUACAGAAAUUAAAGUUGACAAGAAUGAAAUAGAGGAUGCCCGCUGGUUCACUAGAGAACAGGUCGUGGACGUCCUGACCAAAGGGAAGCACCAGGCCUUCUUCGUGCCACCCAGCCGAGCGAUUGCACAUCAGUUAAUCAAACACUGGAUAGGAAUGAAUGCCAAUCUCUGAAUUAAAGAAUGAAGCUCUGUUUAAAUAUUGUUCUAUUUCUAGUUACCACCUGGUCCUUAAAUGAAGGUAGAAAUAUUGAGUGUUCCUAGAGGGUCACAACACAAAAUAUUAUGCUGGGUCUAUAAAAUGUUUUAUUCCUUCUUGAUCUCAGAAUUCAUAUUCUUAUAGACUUAAUGGCACUUUAGGUUGUGUUACACUUGGGUCCACCUCCUCGAAAGGAGAAUAACUGGUGUUUGGGUUGUGAUUCAUGCUCUUAUCUCAUAAAACCACAUAUCUAAAACGAAAGUUGGUUUGAAGGAGUGUGUUGUAGGAAUAGGAACACAUCUAAAUUUCAGUCAGUUUCCUAGUGUUAUUUGUAAGCAUUAGUCCAAUCACUACAGUUCUGUAGUUGAUGUGCGAGCCAUAAUCGGUAUAAUGAAUUUAGAGAUUGUAUUGAUUUGAAAGCUUUUCAUUACCAUAGAAAACUUUUAACAGAUUUUUGCUCAUGUUCUCAUCACAUUCCCACACAUCCUUUCCUCCUGGUUCCUUUGUUCUAGUGAUGGUAGUGGUAUAUUGUUGUUACUACUGAAAUGUGACCAUUAUUUAAAAUAAUCUAUUUUAAUAAUUAAAUCUACUGGAUCAGAAAACCACACUUUUAUAUACAAGACAAUCUUUAAGUAGAACCUACCACUAGAUUGAAGUUGCUUCUAUAAAGUAAAAAGUUAAUCUCUUUCCCUUAAGUUAUAUUCCAAUUUGUUUGUAAAACAGUCUCUGUUUUUUUCACUGAGAUAAAAUGUAUUUGAAAGGAAUUCUUUACCAAGGUCAGAUAUAAAUAAAUCCCAGAAAGAUUUACAUAUUUAAUGACAACAUUGGCUUUAAGUAAUUUUGUCAGAAGAAUGUGGAAAAAUUAUAUAAUUUUCAACAGUAUUAAUUAUACUCAUACACUGCCUUGGUUUUGAACUUACUUCAACAAAUUCUAAGAUGCUUUUAUUAAGUAAGUACAUUUUAGAGCUUAAUCAGUAAGUCUGUAGAGAAAAUAAUUCACAAUUUUGCAACAUAGGAACUCAAAUUUUACAAAGUAUUUUUAAUAGAUUUUUAGAAAGUAGCUUAUAAAUGAAAACAUGUAUUUAGUUUGAUUCUAUAUUGCUAUAUGUUAGAACUGGAAGAGAUUUAGUAAUAUAUGUACUUCCUGGUCCUCAUCUUAUAGAUGAGCGAAGGAAGUCUCAAAAGUUAAUUUCAUUAAUUGGUGAAAGUUAUACAGCUAAUUAAUUAUAAAAGCCUGUACUGUCUAAACCAGUUCAGGAUUCUUCUUACAAUAAGUACUAGAAACUCACUACAAACAUGUUUAGAAUAAAUUAAAAGUGGGGAUGAUAGAAUAAAUUCAAUUCAACAAAUUUUGUUCAUUAAAAUGUUAGGUAUUUAAUAUUUAUAUAAUAUAAGCUAUUAUUUUACUAAUGAAAUGUGAUUAUUUAUAUCAAGACUAUAACCAAAUUAAUACACAGGACAACCAGUGCUUAAUAGCAUUUGAACUAUUUAAGUAUAUAGAAAAUAACAGGCCUUAAUUACUGUAAAGUAUAAUGAAUCUAUUGCAAAGUAUAAUGACUGUAAAGUAUAAUUGAUCUUAUAGCAAUGGACUAGAAUGGCUUGAGGUUCAGUUUUACUCCAGAUGUACUUUUAAUACUUAAAAUUAUAAAAUUACGCUUGUAAAAUCCAGGUUUCCAUAAUAUUAACCAAAACCAAGCCAAAUCUUUGAUGAUGAGUGGAUUCUGACUCAGAGACCCAGGGCCUGUAGGAUGAGUAGAACUUCCCUGGAGGGUUGCUAAGGCUAUGAAACUUUAUGAAGGCAUCCCUUUUCUGUGGAGCCACAGGUGGGUUCAACUGCCCACCUAUAGGUUAGUAGAUGAGCACUUAACCACCCUGCCACACGAGCUCUUUUAAUACUGGAAAAAGAAAGUAAAAGAUAAAUUAUCAGUAAAAUGUAGUGUAAAUUUAGUUCUGAAGAUAUAAUCCUAUGAAUCAGUAUCUAAAUAAAUUACUGUUAUAACAAUUCAUAAAUUGCCAAAUUCUGAGAGGUUGUACUAUAUAGAAGAAAUAGCCAAUUCAAUAAAUGGUUGAAGUUUAAAUGCCUUAAUGCAUUUUAAUGGAAAUGAAUGUAGCAGUAUAUUAAAAUAUUUAACCAUU